GGAGGAGGAGCGGAGAAGAGGGCUGCCCCUGAGGGCAGCCCCGCGGAGCGCGGCGUUGCGGGGCCCCGCGAGUGAAUGCCCGCCGGUACCGGGGUGGCCCGGGGCUGCCCGGCCGGGCGCUGCCCUGGCAGCCGAGCGGCUGGAGGAAGCACGCUGUGUUUUACCAGUGGGGCCCGGCCGGGCCAUGCACAAACCCAUGGAGAAGUCCCAAAACUUCCGCAUUGAGGCGCUCCUGGCUGAGGAGCCGCCGCGGAACGUCUCUUCUCCAGCGCUCAGCCCCGCAGGAAGCCCCGGCCCUGCCGGCCGCACCGACACCCCCUCACCUCUCGCUCCCCAGGCUGCCACCCCCCUCGGCCCGGCCGGCUUCGUCCCCAAACCCGGCUUGCUACAUCUCCCCGGCCCCGGGCUGGGCACCCUGCCGGCCCUCUACCCGCCUGCCGUGUAUCCGCUGCCUGCGCUGGGGGGCCAGCACCCCGCUUUCGCCUACACCGCUUUCCCCCAGCUGCCUCCGCCCGGCUCCGAGCAUCUGAAGGCGGCAGUGGCCGGUUCCUUCCCGCUGGAGCAGUGGAUCCGAGCCGGGAUGCUGGUGCCGAGGCUCUCCGACUUCCACGCCACCCCACAGUCUGCCUUGAUGGGGAAGUGCCGCCGGCCCCGCACCGCCUUCACCAGCCAGCAGCUGCUGGAGCUGGAGAACCAGUUCAAGCUCAACAAGUACCUCUCCCGGCCCAAGCGAUUCGAGGUGGCCACUUCGCUGAUGCUCACCGAGACGCAGGUGAAGAUCUGGUUCCAGAACCGCCGCAUGAAGUGGAAGCGGAGCCGCAAAGCCAAGGAGCAGGGGAUGGCAGUGGAGCCUGAGAAGCCACGGGGGCUUGGCAAAGCUGACGAGAGCCUGCUGCCCAGCCAGCCCCAGGGACAGGCUGGUGACAGCCCCGACUUUGUGGGGUGCAGCCCUGAAUCGGGCUUCCUGCGCCACAGCGCUGAGCUGGGAUACGGCCCUGACUCCUCCUGUUCAGGGGGAGAGGAGGAUGAGGAAGAGGUGGAUGAUGAAAUGGGCACUGCGGAGAGGAAGAUGGGCUCUGUGUUGUGAAGAGGGUCCAGACUGAGGGGUCAGAAGCCUCUUGGCUGGCAGACACAGACUGUACCCAUGUGCAGCAUGGGGGUUGAGGGGAGCUUGCCCCCCCCCCCUCCUUAACUUAUGUGUGUUUGGAGUCUAUUUAAUGUGUAAUUAUUCCUGUGUGUAUCUGGGGCUGUCCCCAUGUUCCUCCCCUAUAAAGCUGUUAUCUGGA